UUUCAUCCUCAUCUGAUGAGAUGAGAGUGGAUGGAUUUAGUUAAACGGAGGGAGAUGGAGGGGGGAGGAGAGAGAGAUGGGAGAGAGAGAGAGGAGGGGGGGCUUGUUCUCCAGUGACUGUGAGGAGGAGGCUGGCAGCGAGGAGCAGAGGAGCAGAAGAGUAGAAGAGUAGAGGAGCAGAGGAGCAGAGUAGAGGAGCAGAGUAGAGGAGCAGAGUAGAGGAGCAGAGGAGCAGAGUAGAGGAGCAGAGUAGAGGAGUAGAGGAGCAGAGGAGCAGAGGAGCAGAGUAGAGGAGCAGAGGAGCAGAGUAGAGGAGCAGAGGAGCAGAGUAGAGGAGCAGAGUAGAGGAGUAGAGGAGCAGAGGAGCAGAGGAGGAGAGGAACAGAGGAGCAGAGGAACAGAGUAGAGGAGCAGAGGAGCAGAGUACAGGAGCAGAGGAGCAGAGUAGAGGAGUAGAGGAGCAGAGGAGCAGAGGAGGAGAGGAGCAGAGUAGAGGAGCAGAGUAGAGGAGCAGAGUAGAGGAGCAGAGGAGCAGAGGAGCAGAGGCGCAGAGGAGCAGAGGAGGAGAGGAGCAGAGUAGAGGAGCAGAGUAGAGGGGUAGAGGAGCAGAGGAGCAGAGGAGCAGAGGAGCAGAGGAGAGGAGCAGAGUAGAGGAGCAGAGGAGCAGAGGAGCUCUCGCACUCUCUCACACUGAAGCAGCUCCGACCCCGACAGGCAGAACCUACUCCUGGCUCUCAGGAUCGGCUGGACGAUGGACGGCGAGGAGCUCACGGAUGAGGAGAAGGAGAUCAUCAACGGCGUGCUGGCCCGCGCAGCCGCCAUGGAGGCCACGGAGCACGAGAGGAUCGAGCGUCUCUCCAGCCGCCUGGAGGACAUCCGCAGGACGGCGCGCGGGGACGGACGGUCGCAAUGCCUGCUCUGCGGGGCGUCCUUGGGUCCCCAGGGGGUCACAGCGGCGCUCUGCGCGCAGUGCAACAAACACAUGUGCAGCCAAUGUGGGAUUAACAGCAGCAGCAGGACGAGUCCUGUGUGGCUCUGCAGGAUCUGCAAUGAGCAGCAAGAGGUCCAGAAGCGCUCUGGAGCUUGGUUCUUCCAGGGACGGGUCCAGCAGUCCCUGCCCGACCCGCUGCCUCUGUCCGGGAAGGCUGCUGCUCCCCGGGCGCCUCGUCAGGGAUACGAGACGGAGCGGGAGCAGACGGCCAGGACAACGGCUGGCGGCCAGGACGAGGGUCCCCCCUGCCCCGCCGCGGCGACCAAGACCGAGAGACCCGCCUCCAAGCCACCCGGAGCCAACGCACCGCAGGUGGCCCCCGCCUCAGGUGUGGAAAACCAACGCCCCGAGAGGGAGGAGACGGUGUGGCCUCCAGCCGCGGAGGAGAAGAGACCCCCGCAUGUCCCCGCCUCCAGAACCUAUCCACCGGGCAACAGCACGGCCCCCCCGCAGCCCCCACAGCCCCCGCCCGACCGGACGGAGGACGAGGACGACUCGGAUGACUCCACCACUCUGGGAUCCCUGGAGUUCAGUCUCCUGUACGACCAGGAGCAGCACGCCCUGCACUGCUGCAUCGCCAGGGCCAAGGGCCUAAAGCCGAUGGACUCCAACGGGCUCGCCGACCCGUACGUCAAGCUGCACCUCUUACCUGGAGCCAGCAAGUCCAACAAACUCCGCACGAAGACCCUGAAAACCACCCUGAACCCGGCGUGGAACGAGACGCUGGUCUACCACGGCAUCACCGACGAGGAGAUGUCCCGCAAGACCCUCCGGCUUUCGGUGAGCGACGAGGACAAAUUCGGACACAACGAGUUCAUCGGGGAGACGCGGGUCGCUUUGAAGAAACUCAAGUUCAACCAGAAGAAGAACUUCAGCGUGUGUUUGGAGCGAGUUGUCCCGGUGAAGAAGGCGGUCGGGGGGUCGGUCCGAGGCAUGGCGCUCUACGAGGACGACGCCAACGAGGCUGAGGAUUCAGAGGAGCGGGGUCGCAUCCUGGUGUCGUUGACCUACAGCAGCCAGCAGGGUCGCCUGAUCGUGGGCGUCGUGCGCUGCGCUCACCUCGCCGCCAUGGACUCCAACGGGUACUCUGACCCGUUUGUCAAAAUAUGUCUGAAACCAGAUAUGGGGAAGAAAGCUAAAAACAAGACCCAGAUCAAAAAGAAGACCCUGAAUCCAGAGUUCAAUGAGGAGUUUGGAUAUGAAAUAAAGCACGGCGAAUUAGCCAAGAAAACCCUUGACAUCUCAGUGUGGGACUACGACUUGGGGAAGUCCAACGAUUUCAUUGGAGGAUGUCAGCUGGGCAUCCAGGCCAAAGGGGAGUGUUUGAAGCACUGGUACGAAUGCCUCAAGAACAAAGACAAGAAGAUCGAGCGCUGGCACGUCCUGCUGAAUGACAACAGCGCGCAGUUCGAGGAUUGAAGCGUCUCCCCUCCUUGUGUUUCCCUCCCCCGCUAGAAUGUUGCCUUCCUGUGACGGACACCACCCUCCGUCUUCUACGUGGUUUGUCCCCCAAAGUGCGAUGUGCGCGCUACAUGUCCCACAGCUUUCAGGUGACCAACAUGGAUGUCCACCCCCGGGGCUCUUUUCAAAUGACGAGCAAUCAUUGAACUUUGUUGAUAUUAUUUUAAUGUUAUCAAACCAUAAAGUGUAUCAUGUAAUAAAUGAACCGUACCUGACAUGCGGUCAUGAUUGAACGGAGGAAGUACGGAGACGAUACAGCCCUCGUUAUCAUUGUCGUUAACACAGUGUGUUGUAAUGAAUAGGGCCUGCGGGCUCCGACCCAUCACAGGAAAUUCCCCCUUUCUCUCCUGACCUCAUGUGCGUAGGAUCACGCCACGCGUGUCAGCUGACUUGUGUCAUCGUACAUCACGCAUUAAAUACUAAGGGGGACGAUGGCAGAUGUUUGAUGUGAACAAACUCAUUUUAUGUUGUUGUUGAUGUUUAAUGUUUUUUUUUUUUAACUGCACCAGCUUCACCUGUGCAUGUGUGAGCUCUCGACCGAAGGAAUGCUUCCGCAUGACCUUCUUAUGGAAGCUGCUCGUUGGAUUAAGCAACGUUAGCUCGCUUGACAGAAAAUGCGUUACAACCUCUAAUUCAAUGGUGAUAUUAAAUGAGAAGAUGAUGGAGGUUUCACAUCGAUGCAUGUCAUGUUGUAGCAUCCACGUGGCUGAUAAAUAAAGACAUCAUGGCACUUACUUCCCCUCCUCU